AUUAUGGCCAUGCAAAGGCCCAGAGAAAUUUUCCAAUGCUGAUGAAAAAUAUACUCAUCGUGGUAAAGCAGCACUCAUGCUACAGGAAGCCAGCACCAGCCCUUUGAACUUUGAGGGUGACAUUUCCUCACUAAAUGCUGCAAGCGGUUGGAUAGAGAGCAGCAGGGUACUAAGACGUUCAUGAGAAACCGGGAACCGAAAAAUGUGGACGUUUAUUUCCAUUCUGAUUAUACCUGUCACCUUCUGUCACCUGACAAAAGGUGAAAGCCAGAAAGCCUUGCGUUGUACUAGUGAAAAAGCUAGUACAGAUUCCGCGACGCAAGAUGCAUUUACAGAAUACAGAAGUGAGUACUUUGACUUGAAUAGCAGCGUUACUCUGAACUGCUCCAAUAAGACAUGGGCUUCGAUUCUCUUCAUUACCUGGAUGAUAGACAUUGACGGAAAGCAGUGUCAAAUGGCUCAUAGUGAUAACGAUUCUAAACAUGACACAUGUAACGAUGGAAAGAUCCUGCGCAACAACGCAAACGGAGAAACAUACCUGUACAUUCCUCACUUUACAAAACGAGAUGAAGGACGGUAUCAGUGUGAGACAGUGUACAACGGUGGAUCCAGUAAAGUAGUAAUAAAUGUAUCUGCCAAAGGUAAGAAAAAAUUCCCUCAACAGAUAAUGUCACACCCCAGCUGGACAGAGAAUUAUACAGACACACUUCAGCUCCCCAGCAGAAGAAACUUCAAUGUCUGGCAGUGGAUAAUUAUUUAUCUCACCCUAAUCUGCUUUUUAAUGGGCAUUUUUGUUGGACUUUAUGUCUUAAGAAACCAUCUCAGCAAGAUAAGAAAUUGCUGCAAGUUUGGCACGUCAGCUGCCCCCCCACUCCGCCAACCACAAAAACGUUGGUGAAGGUGUGCAAACUGUGGCAGUAGUUGAACCAAAUAGUGAGACUCGGGGGGCGUCGUUAGACCUAUUUUAGGGA